AUGGAAGCAAAGAAGAUGGAUACCAAUAGUGAUGUGUUAAAUAAGCCCAAUUACAUGCUCAUGUCCUUCCAAAGGAUAGUAGUGUUGUUAGUUAUAAUGGCUAGUGUGAUUGUUGUUGUUUACUUUACGCCGAUGCCAGAGGAGUAUUUCGAAAACUGCGAUCGCCAGUGUCAUGAACUCGAUUGGCCCAUGAUUUGCCGCGUCAAGUUAGUUAUAGAGGUUUACAAAACCUAUAGCAAAUCCUGUAACAAUUGUGCAGAAGAUGGCAGCGAUUGUCCAUCUAUGUGUAUAACAGCAGAUGGCCGCGAGCGUGGGGUGCUCUCAGCAAACAGAGAAUUGCCUGCUCCUGCGCUUCACGUGUGCCAAAACGACAUUCUUGUAGUCGACGUUGUUCACCGCGCCCCUGCACAUGCCCUUUCAAUACACUGGCGUGGCCAACCUCAAAAGGAAACUCCAUUUAUGGAUGGAGCUCCAAUGUUAACACAGUGCCCACAACCUGCCUAUACGACAUUCCAAUACAAAUUUCGUGCUUCCGCCGUGGGCACUCAUAUGUACCAUGCUCAUUCAGCUGCAGACGCCGCAGAUGGUCUCGCAGGUGCUUUUAUAGUUCGCCAAUCACCCAGACUUGACCCAUUGCAAAGCCUGUAUGAUGUAGAUGCGACGGAACACACUAUAUUUGUAGCAGAAUGGGGCCACUCAAUGGGUCCACUUGCUGGUGUGAUAUCGAAAAUUCCAAAUGCGGAAUCUCUAUUAAUAAAUGGCAAAGGAAACACGCCAGAAUCAUCAGAUGCUCCACUAUCGAAAUUUACUGUGGAAUAUGGUAAACGAUACAGAUUCAGACUGGCAUAUGGUGGUGGAUUUAAGAGCUGUGCAGUGAAAUUUUUCGUCGAUCAACAUACGCUUAGCUUAGUCGCUUUAGAUGGACAUAGAAUCCAAACAGAAAUUGUUAGUUCUAUAACUUUAGCUAGAGGCGAGCGUGCCGAUUUCAUUUUACAUGCAAAAAGACCAGUUGAUGUAUACAAAAUAAAAGUAGUGGCAGACGAAAAUUGCCAAGAGAAUUUAGAAGGUGAAGCCGACCUGAUAUAUAAAAAUGGAGAGCAAAAAGUUUUACUUAAAAACGAGGACAGUGAUGCCUCCGUAGUGAAUCGUGAGUUUACAACAGUGAUUAGUGACUCAUGUGGUAGUGACAGUGUGCUGUGUUUGGACGAAGUGCAUUCAGCUGACAAAUUACCUGCAGAAUUAAUCGCAAAUAUCGAUCAAACUAUUUAUGUGCCUUUCAACUACUCUACGAGGCAAAUUUCAACAAAACGUCUCGAGAGCUGGGGUCAAACUGACGGUCAUCGCUUCACGUAUCCCGCCUCACCUCUCCUGACACAAGGUGCUGAUGUAGCUCCUGAAGACAUAUGUCCAAAGGAGCCCGGUCAAGGCGAAGAGUGCGUCCACGUGAAGCAGGUGCCAUUGCAUUCUACAGUGGAAAUAAUUAUGUUUGAUCAAGGUGGCGAAUCAGAUCACAUAUUCCACCUUCACGGCUACAGUUUCCAUGUAAUUGGCAUCCGAAAUUUCAACGCUAGUCUAGACAAAGAAACUAUCGAGCGAAUGAACGUUGAGGGAAGUUUAUUCCCUAACAAAAAUGUUGAAGAUCCAGUGAUCAAAGAUACUAUUACUAUACCGAAAUUUGGGGUAGCUGCUUUGCGUUUUAAGGCUGAUAACCCUGGAGUUUGGAUGAUGAGGGAUGAGAAAUCUGCUCAUUGGACGCGAGGUUUAGAUUUUGUGUUGAAAGUUGGUGAUCAGAAAAAUUUCGUCCAGGCUCCUGCAGAUUUUCCCAAAUGUGGUUCCUAUGUAGGACCAGAGUAUUUUCUAAUU